GAGUUCGCUCCUCUGUCAAUCACGGUAAUCCCGGAAAUACGAGCUUGGUGCUCGCCCUAGGGCAUUUUCGGAUCAGGAACUGGCUCUGGGGAGAAUUUCAACCACUGUGUGCUUGCCGGAGCCAUGGCAUACCUUGGCAAACUUUUCAAGUACAUCGAUGACAACCAAGAUCUGUACAUAACACGUCUCGCAGAUUGGGUGACCAUUCAGAGUGUCUCAGCAUGGCCAGAAAAGAGAGAUGAAACCCGAAGAAUGGUGGAAUUUGUGGGCAAAGAGAUAGAGAAACUGGGGGGAUCUGUGGAGCUGGCUGAUAUUGGGCAACAAACGCUGCCUGAUGGAUCAAAGAUCCCUCUUCCUCCCAUCCUAUUGGCUACACUAGGCAAUGACCCAAAAAAGAAGACUGUAUGUAUCUAUGGUCACCUGGACGUUCAACCUGCACAAGUCAAGGAUGGAUGGGACACUGAGCCCUUCACACUGGUUGAGAAAGAUGGAAAACUAUAUGGCAGAGGAUCCACAGAUGACAAAGGACCAGUGUUGGCAUGGCUAAACUGUAUCGAAGCUCUUCAAAAAUUAAAGCAGGAAAUCCCUGUCAAUAUCAAGUUCUGCUUUGAAGGAAUGGAGGAAUCUGGCUCAGAGGGUCUUGAUGACCUAGUGUAUGCCCGCAAAGACACCUUUUUCAAGGAUGUGGAUUUUGUUUGUAUUUCUGACAAUUACUGGCUCGGCAAGAAAAAGCCCUGUAUAACGUAUGGUCUCCGAGGCAACUGCUUUUUCUUUGUGGAGGUUGAAUGCUCUAACAAAGAUCUGCACUCCGGUGUCUUUGGUGGUACUGUGCACGAAGCCAUGACCGACUUGAUAUAUUUACUGGGCAAACUAGUGGACAGUAAAGGAAAAAUUCUCAUUCCUGGCAUUGAAGAAUCAGUGGCACCACUCACUGAGGAGGAAAAGGCAUUGUAUGAGAAAAUAGACUUUGAUGUGGAAGAAUAUUGCAAAACUACAGGCGGCUGCCAACUGCUGCAUGCCACUAAGGAACAAAUUCUGAUGCAUAGAUGGAGAUAUCCAUCCUUGUCUUUACAUGGCAUUGAGGGAGCUUUUACUGGUUCAGGAGCUAAAACUGUAAUUCCUGGGAAAGUUACUGGAAAGUUUUCCAUUCGAUUGGUGCCUAAUAUGGAUCCAGUGGUAGUAGAGAAACAGGUUGUAGAUUACAUCAAGAGGAUUUUCGCUGAAUUUGGAAGUCCCAACACACUGAAGGUCCACAUGAGGCAUGGUGCAAAGGCCUGGCUGGCGGACUAUAACCAUCCUCACUUCAAAGCUGGCAGAAAUGCAAUGAAAACAGUAUUUGGAGUUGAACCUGAUAUGACCAGAGAAGGGGGGAGUAUUCCAGUUACCUUGACAUUCCAGGAGGCUACAGGAAAAAGUGUUCUGUUACUGCCGAUUGGAGCUGCAGAUGAUGGGGCUCAUUCACAGAAUGAGAAAAUCGACCGGUUCAACUACAUUCAGGGAAUCAAGGUGUUUGGUGCUUACUUGCAUAAACUUUCUUCUUUGAAAUGAGAACUACUGGCUUGAUAGAAUUGCUGAAACGAUUUCUAAAAUUCUAGACCAAAUUCCUUUAAUUCUACACUAUAUGUAGACAUUAUUACUGAAUGUGUUUAUUGAUACAAAUGACAACACUCUCUGCAAUAAAAGUGUAAAUAUUAAAGUUUA